AUGAAUUCAUCUCGCUUACUCCUACGAAAGGCGGAGUUUCUUAAGUUCGCGGCUUCCGCACGCAACUACAGGACACCGAUUAACACGGGCAUCCUAUUUGUGCCAGAGCGCCAAGCAUGGAUAGUAGAGCGCCUAGGAAAGUUUCAUGCUGUUCUCAGUCCAGGUUUGAACUUUUGCAUUCCGUUUGUGGACAGAAUCGCCUACGUUCAGUCACUCAAAGAAAUUGCCAUUGACAUUCCUGACCAAGCAGCCAUUACAUCAGACAACGUUGUGUUACAGCUGAAUGGAGUCCUCUUUCUUAAGGUGAUGGAUCCCUACAAAGCCUCAUAUGGGGUUGAAGAUGCAGAAUUCGCAAUUACACAGCUGGCCCAAACGACAAUGCGAUCGGAGAUUGGCAAAAUUCCCCUCGACAACGUGUUUAAGGAGCGUGAGGCAUUGAACUACAGCAUUGUGAGAGCCAUCUGCAAAGCCUCUGAGCCUUGGGGUAUUGAGUGUCUUCGCUACGAAAUACGUGAUAUCCAACUCCCGGCAAAGAUUAAGGACGCAAUGCAAAUGCAGGUGGAGGCGGACCGACGAAAGCGUGCGGCUAUUCUCGAAUCUGAGGGGCAGCGCGAUGCCGAAAUCAAUAGGGCGGAGGGCGUUAAACAACGUCAGAUUCUUUCUUCCGAGGGUCAGCGUGUGGAGACGAUUAACAAGGCUGCUGGUGAAGCCGAAGCGAUCAUGCGACUGGCCGAAUCUCGUGCGGACGCCGUCAGAGUAAUCGCCAGUGCUAUCGCUGGAGAGAAUGGAGUCGACGCAGUUCAAAUGGCAAUCGCGGAGCGCUACAUUGACGCGUUCAGCAAGCUGGCGAAGACCAACAACACCAUGCUUUUGCCCACGGAGACUGGAGAUGUCUCGACAAUGGUGGCCAAGGCUUUAGCGAUUUUCAAAUCAGUCAACACGGAGAAGGCUGUGGAUGAGACGCCAACGGUUUCCAGGCCAGUACUACCAUCAAAGGUCUAUUCCAAGAAGCCGAGUGAUGUCAAGGGUGACAAUUAA